ACGAAGCGCGAGUCAGACUCUACGGAGUACGGAGUAGUUGCAAGCUAUCGCUUGCAUUGCGGGUUUCGUCGAUUUUUCGUGCGAAAAAAGCUUUACUACCGUAAUAAUUAGGUUUAUCGUUAGUCGAGAGAAAGCUAGAAAAUGGUUUUAGCAGAAAGAAAUUCCGAAAAUGUUAGAAAUGGUCGUAGAUCAAGGGGCCCCAGCCCUAAUGGACAGACGGAAUCAUCGAGCGAAGAAGACGGAGUUCCAGCAGAAAAAAUACGUGUUGGAAGGGAUUAUCAAGUUAUUGUACCAGAAUUUGUUCCAGUUAAUGAACGAAGAUUGGAUCAAUGUCCUGAUAGAGCAUUGCUUGUAUGGUCUCCUACUACUGAUAUACCAGAUCAAAAAUUGGAUGAAUACAUUAUAUUAGCAAAGGAAAAAUAUGGUUAUAAUGGAGAACAAGCUUUAGGAAUGCUAUUUUGGCACAAACAUAAUUUAGAACGUGCUGUACUAGACUUAGCUAAUUUUACACCAUUUCCGGAUGAAUGGACAGUAGAGGAUAAAGUUCUUUUUGAACAAGCUUUUCAAUUUCAUGGAAAGAGUUUCCACCGUAUUAGACAAAUGUUACCUGAUAAAUCUAUUGCCAGUCUUGUCAAGUAUUAUUAUAGCUGGAAGAAAACACGAACUAGAACAUCAUUAAUGGAUAGACAAGCAAGAAAGUUAACAAGUGGUGGUAAAGAAGGAGAAAAUGGUAGUGAAAAUGGAAGUGAGUUGGGUUCCAAUACAGACAGCGAAUCAGAAGAAAAAAAAUGGACGAUCCACCGCGGAAUACGUCGUGGAAAGAACCAAGCUGUGCCAGGAAGCCAAGGCACUGACGCCAAAGCCCCAUCCGACUCGGAAAAUGCCCCUCAGGUUCAGGGCUCGUGUAGCAACUGUGGCGUUGCUUGUCAUAGUGUUCGUGCGACGCCGAAAGGACACGCGUGUCACAGCUGCUAUCUGCACUGGAGGCGAACCGGUGUAGCAAGACCAUUAAGUUCCAUGCCAGGUCGUACAAAUAAAAGAAAACCACCUCGUGGUCUAGUCGUUAAUCAUGACGAUUUAGCGGCAUUGGCUGGCCAGCCCAAUCAAGCGAACAACAGUUUACAAGCGAUCGACACCGAAAUUGUUAGCUUAAAACGCCAAAUACAAUCGAACAAACAACAAGUAAGUGCAUUGAAACGUAAAACUACCGAUGGUAUCGAUGAUUUACGACCACCAGAAGUAUCGAGUCGUAUAAAUGCCCGUUGGACAAACGAUGAGUUGUUGUUGGCCGUUCAAGGCGUUAGAAAAUAUGGGAAAGAUUUUUCAGCAAUUGCUGAUGUGAUUGGAACUAAGACAGAAGCACAUUUACGAUCUUUUUUCGUGAACUAUCGACGAAGAUAUAAUUUAGAUGCAGUUUUAAAAGAAUACGAGGCUGAAAAUGGUCCGAUAUUAAUUGAUGAUGAAAAAGAAGAAAAGAUGGAUGUCGAUCAACCAAAUGAAUCAGCAGAGUCGUCUCAAAAAACGAAAUCAUCCGUAGGCCUUGGUCAAGCGGCUAAAUAACAAAUGACUAUACUGUUAAAUACCAAACGUGAAAAAAAUAAUUACAGGCACUAUGAACAUCGAUAAUAUCGUCUAAAAGGUAUUUGUCUAUAAUUCAGUUUGCUAUUUACAGUUUUUACUCCUAGUUCUAUCACUUUGCUCUAUGCUAAUGCAAUUUUGCAUUAGGAACACCAAGUACAAGAAACAAUUUUCAUUAAACUUGUGCAUGGUACUAAAAUCCAUGUAACAAAUAUGUGGAUAAAUUAAUAUGGAAGAAAGUGUGUGAACUUGUUGAGCUAGCCUUAUUUUUAAUGUAACAUAUUUUGUAUGUCUCUGAAAUGGGGUCUUUGUUAAACACUACGAAAAAAGUGAGAUUCCAUUAGAAAGAUUUAACGCAUCAUCUUAGAAAAAUAAAUUUAAUUUAUGCAUCUAAAUACAGGUAUACAUAAGGGAUGUUAAAAUCCCAUUUUAACUAACGAAAGUAAUUUAAACACAAAAUUACUUAUUUCCAAUGAAGGAAGAUUUAAAAAUUAAUAAGAAAACGAAGAAUUAAGAUUGUAAAAUAUAACAAAAAUUGAUAUAGUUUGAAAAAUUUAUAUACAUAUUGAAAAUUAUUGACAAUUUCUAUGUGAAUAAUCAAGAAUGACAAAUUUGAGGGGUUAAAAAUCGUGCUACAAAAGAUAUCACAUUAAAGAGAAUAUAUUUUUGUGUCUUGCUGCUAUAUACUCGAUCCACUUGUAUACAAAAAAAUAUGGUUCCUGACAAUUCUAUUGUGCAAAAUUAUGUAAUGUGUAUACUAAAAUUGACCGUAUUACGAAAUAACGGUGCUUCUAUACUCGACAAGCACAAGCUUCUGCACUCCUAUAAAUAGGGAGUAUUUGAUUCAUAAAAAAAUAUAUUGAAGAGUUUUCAUUUGGUGAAAUCCUUACGCAGAAAAGAAUAAAUGUGUUUAAAAUUUUUUUGAAUCUAUUUUCGAAAAGUUAUUUAAUAGUGUUAAUAGAAAAUAUUAGUGUAAAUGAACAAUAUUAACUUAUUUUUAUUUGAAUACUAUAUGAAACUGAUAAAUCGUGUCACUCAGUGGAACAGAGGCACUAUAUAUGAAAAUAUCCUUCGAUUUAAACAAAUUGAUUACUUAUUAGAAAAUAUUGUCAAGAAAUAUUGACUUCCAAUCAUUUUUGUUACAGUAGAAUGUUAAGUUUCAAAUUAGUGUAAUUUUAAUUAUAAUUUCACAGAUACAUCUACCUUUACUAUUAAUAGCAAUACUAAUCAUACGUUAGUUUAAUGUUUGUCUAGGUAGAGUAUACUAUUUAAUAAUAAUAAAACACUUGCAAGCGUGUGCGCACGAUUUCUUUAUCAAAAAACAAACAAAAAUAUGUUAUUCGUGACAAUGAUUGUAAGAUUAGAUACACUUUAGAAAUUAUUACUAUAAACAUCAGUGUAAAUAGAAGUGAUCACCAAAGAAAUUUACUGUAAUUGUUAGCGACAUAUCAUGGAGCGAAUCAAAUAGUUGAUAGAAUCAUGUCGCCAAGCAAGUAGUUAAUAAAGAAACAAAAAAUGUAUUA